AUGUCGACGCCUGGAAUCGAAUUGCUGACACGCAAUGGAUUCGACUCCGUGCAAAAUAAUCGCCGAGAGUCAAUAGACCCAAGAAAAGAGUCCCUGAGCUCGCAAACCACCGACGAGAGAAACUGGUCAUGGAAAUACCUCAGGGACCAGUUUGGACUAAAAAAUAUGGAAGAUUUAUACGAACUUUAUCAACAGCGACUGCAUCGAGGAUAUUUUUCAGUGUUUUUGCUCCUUCAGAUGUUACUCUGUUUAGCACAUGUAAUAGUAAUGUGCAUAUUGGGUGAGAUACACGACGUCCUCCCUGAUAUUAUUACUUAUUUGGUAGUCGUCAUCCUAUGUUUUCUUCUAGUCAUCGUUACCUUUCAAGAACGCUUGGUAAAGCGCUAUCAAUGGAUUCCUCUAAUAACAUCAUGUGUUAUCAUAGUGUUACUUGUUUUAAGUGAUAUUGGACUGCCUCUGUACCAUAAUACAACAAAGAAAUCUCCUGUAAUAUUUAGACCUGCUUAUGGGGUUCAUACUCUCCUAGCAUGCUACAUUUUUCUGCCAGUUACUCACAACUUACAAGCCCUUAUUUUGGGUAUUACAGUAACUCUUUGUCAUGUUGUAGCACUAGGAAUGUUUGUGUAUGUUAAGUCUGACAACAAAUACCCAAGG